UGGUAUUAAAAGCCCACUUCCUCCGUGCCAAAACUAAUUGCAUUCGUGAUGUUUCCCUAAACAAGUGACCGUUAUCUCUCGGCAUACAGACAUUAGAGUCUCAAAUUGUGCACUUCUCUGGGAACUUGCCGCAUUUUGCUGCGCUCUUUCUCCGCUCUUGUCGCUAACAGGCGGCUGCUGCUCUCAGCGAACGCAAAGAUGGCGGAAGACGAGAAGAGUGGUGAACCUGUGAAAGAAAAGAACGAGCUGCAAAUUAUGAAGGACCUUGUGGAUGAAGUGUAUAAUUUCAGAGAUCAUUAUUUUGAGACUCACAGCGUGGAGGAAGCUGGAAGGAAACAAAGAGAUGUGGCACAGGAGGUAGAACGGACACUGAAGAAGCUGGAGGAGAAGGAAGAGUCCUUUAAACACAAAGCAGAGUUUUUGCUGCAGAAGGGCAGGUGUCUGAAUGCAGCUCCGGACUUCAGUACUGUAGCAGAGGAGUGCCUUUCCCGCGCUGUGAAGCUGGAGCCUGGCCUGGUCGAGGGCUGGAACACACUGGGCGAGCAGUACUGGAAAAAAGGAGAUCUGAUCGGUGCCAAAAACUGCUUUACUGGUGCCUUGCAGCAGAACAAGAACAAAGUGUCUCUGCGCAACUUGUCUAUGGUGCUGAGGCAGCUACCAGUCGCUGACAGAGACGCACACGGCAAGCAGGUGCUGGAGAGUGUGGACAUGGCCCGACAAGCUGUCCAGCUGGAUGUCACAGACGGGACAUCCUGGUACAUCCUGGGAAACGCCUACGUGUCUCUGUUUUUUUCCUGUGGACAGAAUCCACAGCUAUCUCAACAAGCUCUAAGUGCCUAUUCACAAUCUGAGACUGUGGACAGAGCUGCCUCUUGUUACCCGGAGCUGCAUUUCAACAGAGCCACUCUGUUCCAGUAUGAGGAGAUGUUUGGGUCUGCGCUUGGCGGUUAUAGUCGAGCAGCAGCGCUCGACCCGGGCUGGGAUGAGCCACCAGACCGAGAGAAGCAGCUGCUGGAAUAUCUGGAGAAAGUGACAGAACUCAUACAGAACAAGGGGAAGGUGAAGGCACGUCGGUUACGGACGAUGCUCUCGAACCUCAACACGUCAGCUUUGGGUCCCUGUUCUUCUCCUCAAUUUCGCUCCCCGUCCGGUCGUAUUGGCAGCCUGGAGCCUCGAACUCUGAACUCCCUCACACACGGCCAUAAUGCUGGGGUGGCCGCCCUGGGGAAGGUGGUGUUCAGCUUGGCCUCUGAGGGUCGUAUGGCCUUUACGUUUGGCAUGGUUGACAGUGAGGAGACCUGUAUAGUAGUGAUGGUAUACAACACAGCGGACAGCUGGGGCGUCCUGAUUGGUGAUUCCGUCGUCAUUCCUGAACCUCAAGUCAAACGUCACAGUAUAACACAUAAAGAUAAGUCGCUUGAUUUCAGAAGUAUACGAGUGGACUCUCCUCUGCUCCUCAUCGUCAACGGCAAGAAACAAAACAUCCAAAGUCAGAUUGCUGUCUCUGUCAGCUACAAGCCACAGAGAGAAUGAACUGAGCUAGAAGCACACGGACCAAGAUUUUUUGCUGGAUUUAGAAGAAGAUUUUGCAUAAUUUUCCAAAUGUCCAAAGUUUGUGCCUCUUUCAUGUGUUCUUUUGUAUAUAGAGGUCACCAUGUUAUGUUUGUUGAUAUUUAUAAAUAUUUUUUGUAUUCUGUUGUUAUGGGGUCAGACACGGGGGUUAUUGUGGAAAUCGAUGAACCUGUGAUAACAAUGUGAUGUCAGCAUUAUGACUUUAGUUUACUUUGGAAUUUUUUUUCUUUUACUGUACACAUAUGUUUGUGUGGUGUCUUAAAACAAUAGUACUCAAAGUGGGAUCAGACAGUAGGCCAGUCUGGGCUUCCUAAAAAGAUAUUUUGACUUCUCACAGUAGGAAAAGCAAAGGUUUUACUACUCACAAUAAUAAUGGCUCUGUUGUAGUCGAGUUUCCCAGUAGGACAUGACAGUGUGACCGCGAGUCGGCAUGUCCAAUACCAGGACCGUCAAACUGAUGCAACUAAAUGAAAGUCAGCCAUCAGUAGUUUUAGAAUUUAGACCUUUACUUUUUCUAUUGUGACAUGCAAAAUAUGUUUCAUGAAACAACCUGUUGAUCUUAGUUUACAUCGUUUAUCAUCAGAAAUGUAUUCAGUCUGGGUAAGGCAGUUAACCGACUGCUUUGGUUGAUUACUAUGCAGUGACAAACUUAAUGACAUCACUACUGAAACCCUUCCAAAAAAGAACCAAUCAAAAGCUCCGUCUAACCCAGAUUUCUUCUAAUGUAACAAAUCAACAGUUUACUGUUUUGAGCAACACCACAAAUCAGAUUUUUAAAACUGUGUGCAUGACCGAUCAUCUCACUGUAGUGGUUCAGUAGCAUCUAUGAUUUACCGUGACAAAGGAAAUGUUUUUUUUUAAUGCAAAAUCUGAAGGCAAUAAACAAUGUUUCAGUGCCA